GACGGGAGGCGGGCGAUGGCGGGCGGCGGCGCGGCGGCGCUGGCCCUGGUGCUGGCGGCAGGGCUGGCGGCCGCUGGGAAGAUGAAAGUCGUGGAGGAGCCCAACAGUUUCGGGCUGAACAACCCCUUCUUGCCUCCGUCCAACCGCCUGCAGCCUAAGGCCGGCCCCUCUCCGCUCUCAGGGCCUGCGCACCUUUUCCGGCUGGCGGGGAAGUGCUUCAGCUACGUGGAAUCGAUGUACAAGUACGAGUUCUGCCCCUUCCACAACGCCACGCAGCACGAGCAGACCUUCCGCUGGAACGCGUACAGCGGCAUCCUCGGCAUCUGGCAUGAAUGGGAAAUUGAAAACAGUACUUUUGUUGCUAUGUGGAUGAGAGAUGGAGAUUCAUGUGAAACCAAGAACAGACAGACAAAGGUUCUACUUUUAUGUGGAAAGAAAAACAAAUUGGCUCAUGUGUCUGAACCAAGCACCUGUGUUUAUUCUCUGACAUUUGAAACACCACUUGUUUGUCAUCCACAUGCUCUCUCAGUGUAUCCAGCAUUGCCUGAAGCCCUCCAGAAAAAGUGGGAUGAAGUGGAACAGUUGCUUUAUGAUGACUUAAUCACAGAACAGGGAUACAAGAAAAGAUUGAGAGAUAUAUUUGAAGAAGCCAGCUUUUUUAAAUCAACAAGAGAGGUAAAAAGGAAGAAAACAAAACCACAGCAUACAGAAUCUGACUCACUGGAUAAGUGCAAUAAGGAAUACCAGCAACUUUCUAAUGAGUUGCAGAAACUUAGAGACUUAUUAACUCAGCAUGGAGUUGCAUAUGAAACAAUCCUGACCAGAAACGAUGAUAAUCACAUCACCCAAAGAUUUACGAUAGAAAAGCCACUGCUGACCAUGGUUUCAAAAACUGGUCAGCAGCUGCAUGGAGAUGCAGAAACUGGCCGAGUUUCUUAGAAUUGGGCAACAUCUGAUUUUAGUCUCCACUAGAGUUUGGAAUUCUUUUCUGUACCACUGGGAAUGAAGACUAAAGACAUCUUUUGAAUUUCUGUCUGCAGGAACGUAGCCAACUUUGAACUAUCUCUGCUUCCUUCCUAACAAUGUUGUAUGAGGGAUUCAUGGACUUGAGGAAUCAUGAAAUAAAUUCCAUUCCUUGUUAAUUUA